AUCUUAAAAAUGGUUAAAUUUGUACUGGAAUACAGUAACGCGCAUGGACGGAUCGGGAAAAUUCUUCAUUGGGGGAAUAUUGAAAUUCAGCAUAAUACACCAUCAUGUAUUACUUAUACUAGGGCUGGGCAUAUUCCGCAUUUGACAUGGGAUGUUGCAACCCGGUACAUAAAUCACUUGCAGUCACCUAUUUACCAAUUAACUCUUCCAUCAUUUUUCGAUUCACUACCAGUUAUUGAGAAAUUUGGUAAAGGAGUUGCCCAAUUUUCAUCCAUGCCGAAAAGUGCACCAACACAUCUGACGUUAACAGAUCCUUUAAUGGAGCGUAACAUGAAAUUCAAUAAUGGUGGAAAUAUUUCAAUAUGGACGAGAGGAGGACGGCGAGACGUAAACGUUAAUGUAGUUAAGAAAUUACUAAAAUUUUGUCAUGUUUCAUCAUAUGAAACACUGUUUGAUUACGCUACUCCAGAAGGCUGUUCAACUAAACGACUUGAGAAGGCUGUUGAACGAACUAUUAAUUUUUCGAAAGAGUUAUUGUCAGAAGAUUUUAAUAAAAAUUCUGUGCCAUUGAUUGCUUUAUGUGGUGGGCAUAGUCGACUUCAUCAUGAACGAUGUGCAUCAGCGCUUGGUUCAAAUUCAGAAGGUUGUGGUUUUGUUUUAGAUGUAAUGCAGUUCGCAAAACGUCUACGUUUCUUUCCAAAAAAAUCAAAGUCAGUGGCAGUUUUGAAAGCGGAGAAUACAAAAGAAAAUGAUGAUCAAGUAUUACCAUGUGCUGACGAAACAUCUGAGAGCAUUGAAGCGUUCAAUCAUGUUCUUGUCGAAAGUGAAUUUAACGAAAACGCAAUUAACAACUUGCUGUCUGGAGUUUGGCCUCAUAUUUCAUCUUCUCAUUUACGUAUGGUUAAUGGCGCGUUUUCACCGUCAGAAGUUGUUACUUUAACCCGUCUCGGUGUCGAUUUAUUCGAUUCUUCAUAUGCAAUCUUCCUCGCUGAACAGGGAAAAGCAUUUGUUUGUGAUAAAAAUUUUCCUCAAGAACCAAGUUUCAGCGUGCUUAAUUUUAGUGAUGAAGUAUAUGCAGAAGAUUUCGCUCCUGUUUGUGAAACUUGCGAUUGUUAUACUUGUAAAUAUUACUCAAGAAGCUACCUGAAACAUUUGAUAAAUGCAAAGGAACUAUUCGGUCUCAUUUUGCUUGUGAUUCACAAUAUACAAGAGUAUGAGAGAAUGUUUGCGCUACUAAGAACAUAUCUAUCAAAUGAUCGAUGUAUCUUGUCUACAAGUAUGUACUUGAGGUUACGUCAUCUAGCUGAUGAGUCAAAGGAAGAGCAAAAAUAUCGUGAAGCACGGGAAGCUCUCAACGAAUGGAGCUCACAGUUUUGGGCUAAUCACAAUGCAUUAUUCGAAAGAAAACGAGCUGAGUUCGUCAAGCAGAAGAAGCAAAAACUGGGACGAUUAGAACAUUCUAGUGCUGUUGACAUGUCUGAAUUUUAUAAAGAUUUUCUCGAUAGGCAAUAUGGCAAACUUACCUCUUUUAAUAGGGAGUGGUAUUAUCGAAAUAUCAGCCUUUUUUGGCCAGCUUUCAAAGUACAAAUGAUCAGGUUCAGGCGUUCGCUACGUAAUGUAUUGCGCAAGUGA